AUGUCUCCUGUCGAGCAACUAGAAGAAUUGGGUUCGUGUAGUGCCAAUGCUGUAGCCGGUGUUCUAGAAUAUUUGAUCAAACGUAAAUAUAAUAUUGAUAUGGAUGUAUCUCGUUUAUUUAUCUAUUACAAUGCUCGACGAAUUGAUUAUCAGCAUUCAAGUUUCGGAGAUUCUGGAGCUACUCUAACAGGCGGUGUGAGAGCAGUACGUAAAUAUGGUGUUUGUGAUGAAAAAAUUUGGCCCUAUGACAUAAAAUUAGUGAAUAAACGACCGGGAUCAUAUGCAUAUCGGGCAGCGCGUCGUUACACUGCCAGACCAAUGACUUCAAUGCAGACAAGAGAGUCACGUUAUUAUCCAAUUGAUGCAGCUCAAUCAGUUCCUCCAAGAUCCUUGCGUUUUUCUUCUGGACCACUACCACAUAAGAUCGACCUUCGUCCAUGGAUGUCUCAGAUUGAGCAACAAGGCGACAUUGGUUCGUGUGCCAAUGCUUUAGCCGGUGUUCUAGAAUAUUUGAUCAAACGUAAAUAUAAUAUUGAUAUGGAUGUAUCUCGUUUAUUUAUCUAUUACAAUUCUUGA